UAUUUGAGCAGGCGCAUCCCUCAGAAUCCCAGAUACCAACACAUAAAAACCCGCCUGGACACUG